GGAAUAUUUAGCAAGAAAAUGGCUACCCAGAAUAAUUCGGAAACAGUGGAGAAUAAAUUAUCGGAGGUGAUCAAAGUAAUAGACAUGGACGAGGAAUUUGAAGCUCGACCUUGUCCCAUCAAAGUCACUCAAUGACACCUCCGAAAAAUGCACAGGGCCCUACUAAAUGGGCUGUACCCGUUCCGGCUUUUAGACCUACUGAAGGUCUUCAACCACGUAUAAACCAUCAACAACAGAUAGCAAACGGGUUAAGUAAUGCAUCUGCUAAUUUUAAGACUCCAGUUGUCGUUAGUAGACUUUGCAAACAGUCGAUCAAUUAUCAAAAUUACGAAGAUGAUCAAGAAGAUGAACCGACUUCAUUAACAGAAAUUAACGAACACUACUUAUACGACAGAAAGAAGGUUGUUUGUAGUAUUUUGAUGGCUAUGGCAAUAAUUAUGCUAAUUAUCGGUACGGCACUUUUAAUCAAAUCAAAUCAUAAUGAAGACAAGUGGAAAGCUAGAUGCGAGAAAGAGAAGAAAGUCGAUAACGUAACUAGGUCGUUAUUGAUGAGCAAAUAUGAUUGUGAAAAUAUUAAAUCGUAUCGAAGACUAUUUUCCACAUAUAUAUUUCUAUGGGAACCUAUACUUCUCAUUGGUGUUUCCAUGCUAUUCUACGCAACUGUAGAGUUGAGAGAGAAUCCAUCUCGUUUUGUAAUUAUGCAAAAAGUUCUACUGCUUAGCUUGACAGGUGUAACAACAGCCGCGUGGGUGACAGCAAUGAUGGCCAACGGCAUGAGGUUAGUCGGAAAAGUUCUCUACGAAACCGCCUCAGGAGUUCUUGCCACUUUAUAUGUCAUGGAAUCAGCUAGUUAUAUCCAUAUAAUAACCUUAAUAUUAAUGGAAAUUGCUAUAGUUGUUAGUAAAAAUAUUAUUAUAAACUUCAUUAACCGCGUAGAUUUAAUUUAG